AUGAAAAUCAUAGAUAGAAAGUGUUUAUAUUUAAUUACAUGUGGCUCCUUUUUAAUAUUCAUACCUACUUCAAAUGGUGCAGUAAAAGCAAAUGUAUGUUUGGCACCUCCACAGCCUGAAAACGGAAAUCGAAAAUUACAUAAAUUACAAUGCAAAACAAAUGAAGACUGCGAUGUGCAGGAAGGUACAGAAUUACCCCUUGGAUCCUUUUUACUUUACAAAUGUAAUCCUUCAUACAUAUUAAUUGGCUCGCGUAAUGUAUUUUGUGGUCCAGAUGGAAAUUGGUUCAAUAUUCCACUUUGUACUGAAGUACGUUGUAAAUCAUUAUUAUUACCGUCAACAAAUAUAACGUGUAUGUAUAGUGGCCAACGGAUAUCUUGUGAGUCUUCUGUUUUGCCCGGCACGACAGCAACAAUAAAGUGUAGUAACGGCUAUCGAGAAGAUACGACAUUCCUAAUCAAACGCAGAAAUCAAAUUACUUGUAAUGAAAAUGGUUUAUGGGAACCAGAUCCAGUGGAAUGUAUCCCAGUAUGUGGAGUUAUUCCGCCAAACAUACGACCGCUUAUUGCAAGUGGCAGAAAUGCAGUAAUUUCUCAAUUUCCAUGGCAUGCAUCUUUAUAUAAAUCAGAAAGUUCUACGAGCGAGAAGUCUUUUUUUUGUGGCGCAACGAUUAUAAAAGAAAAUUUCCUUGUUACUGCUGCUCAUUGUAUUUUUGAUGAAGUGUUAAAAACUGUAGCCGACCCGAAAGAGUAUUAUGUAAUAGCUGGGAACGUUCAUCGUGAUUAUGAUUCUGUUUUGCAUAAUUCGCUUUACGUUAGAAAGUCUAAGGUUAAAAACUUUUAUGUUCCGUGUAAUUACCACGGUAUGGAAGGAAAUUAUGCAUCAGAUAUAGCACUUGUGGAGAUAGAAACACCAUUUAAUUUUACAGCAUUUUUAUUACCUGCAUGUUUAGAUCAAGCUAUUACUGAGUUUGGAAACGGGAUAAUAGCAGGAUUCAGUGGAAAUGCUUUAAAUACAUCAAAUGAUGUUUUACAAUCCAUUAAUCAGCCUUAUGUUACUACUACUCAAUGUAGAUCAGUAGCUAUACUUUUUCAUAGGGAGAAGUUUAUAACACCAGACAAAUUUUGUGCAGGUUAUAGAAAUGUAACAUCCCUCUGCGCUGGUGAUAGCGGAGGAGGGCUGCUAUUUAAUGCGGGAGAAUUAUGGUUUCUAAGAGGUGUUUCUAGUACAGUAUUGAGUUUCAAUAUAAAACGUUGUAGUGACUCUUAUAACCUUUAUACACGAAUUUCAAGCCACAUAAGCUGGAUCCAAGAUAUACUUUUCCGAUUAGAAACAUCUAAACCACUUCCUUCAUGUCGUGAUUCAACUGUAACAAGUACGACUUCUACUACACCUGCACCACUUAUAACAACAUCAACAAGUACUACCACUACAUCUUCUUCAUGGGUACCAAAACCUAUUGUUUGUAUAACACCACCCAAGCCAGUGAAUGGUAAUCGUCAAUUACACAAGACGCAAUGCCAAACACAAGAAAACUGUGAUGUGCAGGAAGGUGUAAAAUUACCCGUCGGAUCUUAUUUAGUUUAUACCUGUAAUCCCGGAUACGAAAUACAAAGGGGUACCGGUGAUGUAUUUUGUGGUAUAGAAGGAAAAUGGUUAAAUAUUCCUGUUUGUACUAAAAUAACUUGUAAAGCACUGGCUUCUGCAUCAACAUUUGCUGAUUGUACUUAUAACAAUGAAUGGACAUCUUGCGAAUCUGAAAUUUUACCUGGAACAGAAGCUAAAUUAACUUGCAGAAACGGUUAUAAUAAACAAUCGACAUUCCUAUCGACACAAAGGGAUCAAGUUAUAUGUAACGAAAGAGGUCAAUGGAAACCUGAUCCAAUAGAAUGUAUUCCAGUAUGUGGAUAUGUGCAAACUCUAAACGCUAGACCUUUCAUUGUAAAAGGUGAAAAUGCUGAUUUUUUUCCCUGGCAUGCUACUUUGUAUGAAAAGAAAAGUCUUAAUGGACCAAAGAAAUUUAUUUGUGGAGCAACUAUUAUAAAAGAGAAUUUCCUUGUUACAUCUGCCCAUUGUGUUUACGAUGAAACAAUUAGUAGAGUAAAUAAUCCAGGAAGGUAUUAUAUAGCAACUGGAAAUACUGUUCGUGACUAUGAUUAUGAAAAUCAUGAUCCUCGUUUUGUUAAAAAAGCUAGGGUGAAAAAAAUUUAUGUCCAUUGUAAUUAUUUGGGCUUACAAGGGAAUUAUGGUUGGGAUAUAGCUCUCUUGGAGAUCGAAGUACCUUUUGUAUUUACAUCUUGGUUAUUACCAGCAUGUUUAGAUAAUACUUUUGUUGAAUCUGGACUUGGGAUAGUUUCGGGAUUUGGCAAUACUGAAACUGGGUCACCAAGUUUUCAUCUCCAAUUCACAAGACUGCCUUAUGUUCCUCCUACUCAAUGUAAAGCUGCAAACAGUUCUGUUAUAUAUGAGCAAUUAAUAACUUAUGACAAAUUAUGUGCGGGUUAUACUAAUGGGACAUCUGUCUGUGAUGGUGAUAGUGGAGGAGGACUUUUAUUUCAAGUUGGAAAUUUAUGGUUUUUAAGAGGAAUUGUUAGUUCAGGGAUUAGUUCAACUGUAAUAGGAGCAACAGAAACUUGUAAUAGUCAUUCGUAUUCUCUUUAUACACGAAUUUCUAGUCAUUUUACCUGGAUUCAAAAUAUUAUUUAUAAAUUAGAAUCAGAUGAAUUUUUAUGUGUAAAAUAACAAUCUUUUAAA